CUACAAUACUAGCAGUCGCCGCCGCAACGAAUGGAGGCGAACGGGUGGAGGAGACAUCAUUAAUGAAUUGUUUCGUUCUUCAAACGUCUUUCCCUCGGAUUCAAGGAGGAUUUUAACCCGACAGAAAUCCCCCCGCUGGCUCGAAGAAAACGCCGCGCCAUUUUUUUUGGGGCGAAAAAAGUCGAAAUCCUUUUCAUUUCUUCUGAAACAGAUCUGCCUGUCAUUUCAACACCCCAAAAAAAAAGGGCGUGUGUGCGGAGUGAAGGCAGUUUUAACCAUUUAAUGUGGGUAUAUAUGGUAUUUUAGAUCUUUUUUUUUAACACCACCUGGGUCUGAAGGACCACAGUCGAGGAUGGGAUGCACGCUGAGCACAGAGGACAAGGCGGCGGUGGAGCGAAGCAAGAUGAUCGACAGGAACCUGCGGGACGACGGGGAGAAGGCGGCCAGGGAGGUCAAGCUGCUGCUGCUCGGUGCCGGCGAAUCGGGGAAGAGCACGAUCGUCAAGCAGAUGAAGAUCAUCCACGAGGCCGGCUACUCAGAAGAGGAAUGCAAGCAGUACAAGGCGGUGGUCUACAGCAACACCAUCCAGUCCAUCAUCGCCAUCAUCAGAGCCAUGGGCCGCCUCAAGAUCGACUUCGGAGACGCCGCCAGAGCUGACGACGCGCGGCAGCUGUUUGUGCUGGCGGGCUCGGCGGAGGAAGGCUUCAUGACGGGGGAGCUGGCCGGAGUCAUCAAGCGGCUGUGGAAGGACCGGGGCGUCCAGGUCUGCUUCGGCCGCUCCCGCGAAUAUCAGCUCAACGACUCGGCGGCAUACUACCUGAACGAUCUGGACAGGAUAUCCCAGGCCACCUACAUCCCGACCCAGCAGGAUGUCCUGAGGACUCGAGUCAAAACCACCGGCAUCGUGGAGACCCACUUCACGUUCAAGGACCUGCACUUCAAGAUGUUCGACGUCGGCGGGCAGCGGUCCGAGAGGAAGAAGUGGAUCCAUUGCUUCGAGGGCGUGACCGCCAUCAUCUUCUGCGUGGCACUCAGCGACUACGACCUGGUGCUGGCCGAGGACGAGGAGAUGAACCGGAUGCACGAGAGUAUGAAGCUGUUCGACAGCAUCUGCAACAACAAGUGGUUCACGGACACCUCCAUCAUCCUCUUCCUCAACAAGAAGGACCUGUUUGAGGAGAAGAUCAAGAAGAGCCCUCUGACCAUCUGCUACCCAGAAUAUGCCGGCUCCAACACGUACGAGGAGGCGGCCGCCUACAUCCAGUGUCAGUUCGAGGACCUGAACAAGAGGAAGGACACCAAGGAGAUCUACACCCACUUCACCUGCGCCACGGACACCAAGAACGUGCAGUUCGUGUUCGACGCCGUCACCGACGUCAUCAUCAAGAACAACCUGAAGGACUGCGGCCUCUUCUGAGGCGCGGCGGUGGAGCCAGUUUUAUUGAGCAUCUUUUGGCGAGGAAGACGAGAAGAGUCGGGAGGAUCAGUCACGGACCAGUGCUGUACUAUAUGCCACUUUUAACAGCUUUAAUUUAUUUUUAUUUGUUUUCGUCUUGGGACAUUUUUAACCAGCGUUAUGUCAUUCGUGUAAGAUGUUUGUAUCAUUGUUAAAAAAAAGCGUCGCCGCAACCACAAAAAAAAGAGAAGAUGAAACAAGAAAGAAAAAAAAUUUAUUUUUCCUUUUUCUUUUUGUUUUGAGGACCAGGAUGAUGAAUUCCAUGUUUUUCGCUGUUCCUUCCGCAGCCGUCUCUGUGGAAAAAAGGAAGCUUUGUUGUCGGUGGAAAUGCUUCUUUUCUUCCUUCCCUUCGACCACAAAAAAAAAGAGGGGAAGAAGAGGGCUCCGACUCCGAGUCCAGUCUGUUGGUACUUGUGCCUUCGCAUGCCUUCUACUGCGGCCGCGGUCCCAGCGCUUGUUCUGUUGCCUGCUGAGUGGUUCUACACAUUAAGAGGUCAACCUGUUCCCAUACGUCGGUGUCCCCCCCCCCCCCCCACGCUAUCUGUACGUCUGCACACCACUGAGCUACCUGGAGGAGGAGGAGGAGUUCCCUCUGGUCUGGCAGGAACAUGGGUCUCCAUGGUGACCGACACGUAGCCUCCUCCCAUCCCCGCCCCCCCCCCAGCCAUGACAAUGGAGGGCCUUCUCUGGCCCGAUCCCGCAGUACAAUACUGAGCUGUAUAUUGUUACAUGUGCCCCCGCACAUCUUUUGGGGGGGUUCUGGUUUUCAAACUACAAAAAUAUCCAUUCUUCCCAAAUCGUUUUUUCGGAAAAAUGGUUUUAGGCCUCGAGCUCAUAAUACGGCCGAGUGUUUAAAGUACAAAGACCAGGGUCGGCACGUUUUAUUGUGUAUUUUAAUGUAUUUGGAGGCGAGUUGGAGCGAGAGGGGGGGGGACGAAACCACGGGAAAAAUGGAUGAGAAGAGGAUGAGGUCUGGAAUGCUUUAAGGUUCAGGCCCCCGUUCCCGGGUCGAGCCGAGCCAAGAGGAAUCCGGGAUCUGUUCAUAUAAAGAAACUGCCACAAUUGUCAAUAUAUGUGUGUGUGUGUUCUCCGCGGACGGAGAACCUUUGUAGACUCAUCUCCCUUAUUUUGCUAAUAAAAAAAACAUUUACAAAC